AUGUAUUAUCUCUCACACCAGCUGAGGGAGACGCAGAGGUCAUUCCAGCAGAGGAUCCAGCAGAGAGAGAAAGAUCUUCAGCAGCUGAGAGAGGCUGUGGAGUCUCAUAAGCGCUCUGCACAGACAGCAGUGGAGGACAGUGAGAGGAUCUUCACUGAGCUCAUCCGCUCCAUUGAGAGAAGCCGCUCUGAGGCCACACAGCGGAUCAGAGAUCAGGAAAAGACUGCAGUGAGUCGAGCUGAAGAAAAACUGGAGCAGGAGAUCAAUGAUCUGAGGAGGAGAGACGCUGAGCUGGAGCAGCUUUCACACACACAGGAUCACAUCCAUUUCCUGCAGAGUUUCCAGUCUCUCUCAGCUCCUCCUGAAUCUACAGACGUAAAUGAUGAUCUCUUCAGUUCUCUCUCCUCUUUUGAUGUUGUGAGAGAAUCUGUCUGUCAGCUGAAAGACAAACUGGAGGAUUUCUGCAAAGAGGAGCUCAAGAAGAUCUCUGACAGAGUCACUUUCACCAACAUUGUUCCCAGGACCAGGAACGACUUCCUACUAUAUUCCCAUCAGUUCACUCUGGAUCCAAACAGUGAAUAAACGCCUCCGUCUGUCUGAGAGGAACAGAGUGAUUACAUUCACUGACACAGAGCAGUCGUAUCCUGAUCAUCCAGACAGAUUUGAUGUGUGUCAGGUGUUGUGUAGAGAGAGUGUGUGUGGACGCUGUUACUGGGAGAUUGAG